AUGCCCGCGCUCCCCAAAGCGAUUAAUGCGGAAAUAUGGCAAGUGACCACCUCGCUAUUGCAGGCGCGCGCUGACAAAUGCGUGCGCACCAUCAACAGGCUCUCCCCUAGCUUUUCUACACGCCAGCCGGCUGCCUGUCGUAUCCCCUCCGCGUUGAAAAGGCCAAAAACAGGUUUUGGGGGUUACCGAGCGAUUUUUUGCGACACCCAAGCCGCCGGAGGCAUGCGCGCUGCCCCUAGGGCGAGAUAUGCGAAUUUCCAGUUCUGCAGCUACCGUAGCACACCAUCUACGACCUUAAGGCGCACCAAAGGUCGACCCUGA